UUUAUGACUUUUCCUAAGGGUUUCAAAGCUGUAAAUGGACUAAAUCAGAACCGACUAGGAAUCGAAACUGGAUUCUACACUCACACCUCACUUAACGACGACGAUACAUUUCAAUGUUUUUCUUAUUCCCAAGGACAACCACAUGACACAAUGUAAUUAAUCAUUAAUGCACGGGGAGAUCACUCUAUUUCAUCACUUCGCUCUCCCCUUUAAAGAUGGCGUCGACCAUACUGUGUGCGGUACGUACUUCGUUUUCUGUUUUACGUCCUUUACAAACAUGUCACAGCCCUUCGAUGUUACCACUGCAGAAUGCAAGGUAUUUGCCUAUCCUAGUAAACCUUACUGAUAUCCGUUUCUCUUCUUUUUUCAAACGUCUUCCCGCUGAUCGUCUCUGGGAAAGUGUCGGCGGUGUAAGUAAUGCUGGUAGAAAGAAAGGCAGAGGUCGUGGCCGGAAAAGAAAAGUAGAUCUACACAUCGGUCAGAUUCUCGGCGAUGGUCAACAACAGAUGGUCUGGCCCGGACUCAAUGCUCCUGUCAUGAAAGGUAAAAAACUGUUGAACGUUGAAAGUUUACCACCCAAUCCCGACAGAAAAGAACAGAUACAGAAAGUAAGAGAUCGUUUUCAAAGAUCUCGUCAUAUAAAAAUUCCUGCUUUGCAACGUGGAUGGACAGGGAGACGGAUGCCCGGUAUGAGUAUAGGACCACCAGAUCCUUUAGAUGAUUUUACAUUUGAAGGUUUCGAUACGAGAGUAUUAGAGCUUAAAACCGUAUCCAAUAUGACAGCAACUCUCGGACGAAAACAAAGUUACAGUGCAUUUGUUGUGACUGGAAACAAAAACGGUCUUGCCGGGUUUGCUAAAGGUAGAUCGGCUUCAGCUAAGGAUGCUCUUAGGAAAGCGAAAAAUAAGGCCGCCCUGCGAUUACGGUAUAUUGAACGAUUCGAGGAUCACACACUGUGGCAUAAUAUAUUUUGCCAGUAUUACGCAGUGAAAAUUUUCGCUAAAAAAAGACCGAAAGGCUUCGGGUUAAGGUGUCACCGAGUUCUGAAAACUAUUUGUCAAGUUAUCGGCAUUGAAAAUAUGUACGCCAAAGUAGAUAGCCACUCUAAAAAUACACAGUGUAUAACCAAAGCGUUCUUUGACGGUCUGUUGAAACAGGAAACACAUCAAGAACUUGCAGAUCGGAUGAAUAUGCAUCUUGUGGAACUCCGAAAUGAAAGAGAAUAUUUUCCAAAUGUUGUUGCUUCACCUUCAGACGGAAAAAUUUUGGAUGUUUCCCCAGUAAACGUUGACUUGGAUUUUUCGCAGUUGUACUAUGGUGGGAAAAGGCAAUUACAGAAAAAGAAAUCCCGCAGUAAUGAUAAUAAGAAUCCAUUGAUGCGAAGGAAACUAUGGCUUAAUUAUAAAAACAGAAACCAAUACCAAUCGAGAUUGGAUAGGAUCGUCCUCGGAUUUGAAGAACCUGGAAACCAACAGCAUAAGUAAAAUGUUUAGUUAUGAAACAUUGGUGGAGAUGGAGUAUAUGUAAUCUGGGUAUACCCCCCCCCCCUUUUAAAUUUUGUUUUUUUUUACGGAAUCCUAUGUUUCAGACCAUGGAGAAUCCGAUUCUGGAAAAAGAAAUUUCAAAAAUCUCAAUUUCAAAAUUUCGAUCUCCCCACCGGUUUUUAUAUAGAUCCACAGAGUAAACCUAACCCUAACCCUAACACUAGUUUUGUGAGAUUUGGCUGUUAUUUCUAGCAUGUAAAUAGCCUGCUUGGUGGGGGCGGGGGGAAUUGAAAUUUUUCAAAAAAUUUUUUUUUCAGAAUCGGAAUCUCCAUAGCCUAAAACGUGGGAUUCCGUAAAAAAAAAUUAAUAAAUAAGGGGGGAAAAGGUUCAGAUUACAUAUAGUCCAUCUCUACCAAAACAUUUAUAAUGGUAUGACUGAAGCUUUAUUACAUGUGGGUUGUCUGUUAAUAAAGGGACACGUUUGAAACGCAAGUUUCCAAGACUAGAACAAGUACAAUUAUCAAACAAAAGUCUAUAAUAUAUGACCAGAAUAUGUGCCCCAUCAUUACGAGAGACCCUGUAUUUUUUGUGUGAUAUUAAAACAAAAAUCUUUAUAUAUA